UUGGCAUGUAAGAGAAAAAGUGUGUAGUGAGAGUGAAAUUAUUAAAAAUAGAAAAAGACAAAGGUUGUUAAAGACAUGGUGAGAGCUCCCUUUUAUGGUAAAGAUGGACUAAAGAAAGGGGCUUGGAGCCAUGAAGAAGACGAAAAGUUAAGAGCUUAUGUUCAAAACCAUGGCCAUCCCAACUGGCGUGAACUCCCCAAAUUAGCUGGUCUAAUGAGAUGUGGGAAAAGUUGUAGACUAAGGUGGAUUAACUACCUUCGACCAGACGUAAAAAGGGGAAACUACACAAAAGAAGAAGAAAAUAUAAUCUUGGAAUUACAUGAAGAAAUUGGGAAUAAAUGGUCUGCGAUUGCUGCAAAAUUACCCGGAAGAACAGACAAUGAAAUAAAGAACCACUGGCACACCCACCUGAAGAACCGUGCAAAAAAGAAGCCAAAAACAUCUCAAGUGAAAGAGCAGCACUCUUGCGAAUCGUCUCAAAGCGAAAUUUGUCCCUACAGAGAAUCGGAAAUCGAGAGUAGCGCUCCUAAUGUUACUGGUUUAUUUCAUGAUCAAAUUCCUGAGAGAUGUCAAUCAUCUCCUGAAACAACUUCUGAUAUUAAUGAAUCAUCUCCUUCGAGGACUUCCAACCAUCAUGCUUCUUCCUUGUCAAGUACCGUGAACUGUCCCCCUGAAGUAUUCAUUGGUGACUUUUGGAGUGAACCGUUUCUGGAAGAUAAUAUGUAUUCUCAAAAUGAAUACCCCACAUAUUGUGCUGAGGGAGGUUUUGUAUUACCUUAUGCUUCCUUUUAUGAUGACGCCAUGGAUUUAUUCUGAUAAAGUGAUGCAAAAAUGCAUUUUUUGUGUUAGGAGGUUAUCUAUAUAUAUAUAUAUAUAUAUAUAAAAGAGAUAGAUACAAAUU